AUGUUGACUCCUCGCGCCUUUCUCCAGUGCUCGAUAAGUUCUGAAUUGUUGCUAAGCGUACAUCCGGGAUACAAACGAUAUCCUGACCGCAUCGAUCGACCCAAGAUCAAGGCAUGGCGGUGCGAAUUGACUGCCCUCUCGCAAGUCUAUAAUCUGUAUUUUCUUGCCUGUAAUGACACCAUCCACGUCUACCAGCCAAGCUUUCCCGAUCAAAAUCUGCCUAGUGAGCCCCAGCUCAUAUUAGAUCUGCCAGUAUCUCCUCAGACUGGGAGUGGAAUCGACCCCCAGGACCCGCACUCUGUCACUCGAAUUCUUGUCGAUUAUCUGGGAUGCGACGAAAUCCUUUUGGUGGCCUGUGAUGAUGGUGAUGUCGUGGGGUACCGUAUUGAUGAGAUUCAGAGAUUCCUGGAUGAACGAAUGUCGACGAAGGAGAGUGAUUCGAAGUCUCUUCCAGAGGACGGGACCGUCAAAUGCUUUCUUCACCGUAAUGUUGGAGCCAGUGCUUGGGGUCUAGCUGUGCAUCGAGAAGCUCGAAUUAUCGCUAUUAGCGCAAAUACGCACAAGAUCACUGUCAUUGAAUUUGCACUCUCAGAACCGCCUCUCCGGUGUCGAGAGUGUCCGUCAGACUCAGUGGCACUUCAAAAUAUCGAACCCCUGGAUCGAUAUACACGAAAGGAGGAUCGCGCGUUUGACCUACUGGGCGAAACCAAUAUCCCAGCAGUCUCUUUCAACAAUACUGGGGACGACCCAUCGGGACACUGGCUGUUCAGUUGCUCAAUUGAUGGAGCAACGACCGUAUGGGACUUGCAUGUGCCGAUUUUACCCUAUGCAGUCUUUCGAUUUGGAUUCUGUGCGAAUGCAUAUGCUCCAUCAAAUGCACCGCGCCUGUGUAUAUGUGUUGAUUCCGGAAAUGUACCUCAUGGUGUCUGGGGUGCACUUCCGCUCGACACGCGUUCAGCCCGCGAAAUAUCCGUUCAGGAACGUGACUCCUUACGACCCCACAAUGAUGAGCCUUGCUUCAGGACAAUUUGUCCACCGAGCAAGAGAUUUACGAAGGGAAGACCUAAGCGUACUGUUUUCGAACAGUUUCCUAGACUCUGUUUGCCGGAUGAUGCUGAAGAUGAUGACGUGAUGGUAUUGGAUGAUGUUUCGGAGGCAAGUAGUUCGACCUCAGAAGAUAUAGGGAGCCAAGAGGAGGGCUCGCGGCGCGAUGCGACAGUCAGUCUUGAUGGAACAUCAGGUGGGACUAGCGCUGAAAAGAAUAUCACGCACACGCAUGGAGCCUCUUAUAGCAGUAGCAGUCUCUCUUCAGACUCGUCUCCUGGAACAGGAGGCCCUUUUCAAGGAGCUUCUGAUCAGGCUCAUAUGCAGCCUCAAGGGAAUUCCGCCAGCCACGAAGUUUCUGGACAUUCUACCUCGCAGUCACUCGCGGGACCACCUUUGAAUCAAACAGAGGCUGCUGAAGAGGAUGAACUGCUCGAAGACGACACCGAUGAGAGCGACAGCAACGAAUCCGACAUGGAUUCCGAAAACGACUCGCCAUAUUUCCCCACAGAACUCGCAGGCUACAGACUAGCAAAACGUGCAUACCGUGAAGUCUCAACUCGCGCGGGUUUGCCCGAUCGACCACUCACCACCCCUAUCCGCCCCUGUCUCGUACUCACCAAAGAAGAAAUCUACCUCAUCCAGCGGCCCUGCCCGUCCUUCCGCUUCCAUCCUCCAGACACCAUACUCACCAUGCGCCGCCCCUUGGAUCCAGACAACUCAAACGCCUGUCUCGCACCGUACGACCGUCUGUGCUACUAUACCCAAAUCCCCGACCUCGGCCUCUUCAUCGUCGCCUCGCCCGUCGGGCGUGCCGCCGUGUUCGCCCUGACGUAUACGAAAGAGCCGUCGACGUCGGAGGUGGAUUAUAGCUUUAGCCUCGAGUAUAUCUUACCGUUUGCCCCUGGCAAUGAGACGGAGCUGGUCAAUGUGCCGAAUGCGAGGUUGUUGGGAAUUGCUGUGGCACCUGUGCAAGGUAUGGCGGAUGUGCAACGUUUGCAGUCGAGGAAAUGGCGCCUUUUGAUGUAUUAUACGGAUCAUACGGUGUUGAGUUUUGAGCUGGUGAGGCGGGGGCAGGGAGAUAUUUCUGAUGUUAGGGAGCUGGUUGUGUAG